AUGUAUAAUAAUAUUAGCAACAACAAUAAUAAUGAGAACAACAAUAAUAGUAAUAACAACAAUAGUAGCAGUAUGAGUAGUUCAAAAAGUAAUUAUUCAAUAUGGUCUCAAUCACAAAACUAUUCAACAAUGACAACAAGUAUGACAUCUUCUUAUGAUAAUGUAGAUGGAUCUUUACCUGUAUCGACCAAUCCACAAAAUACAAAUAAAAGUAGAGAUUCAAUGGUUAAAAGUGAUCAAAGUGUAGAUAGUACUGGUAGUAAUAAUAAUGGUUAUGGAUCAUCCUAUGGAAGUUGCUAUAAUAUCACUGAUAAUUCUUAUAGUGAUAGUUAUCGAUCUUUAUAUAGUAACAGUUACAACAACAACAGCAACAACACCAAUGGUAAUAGUAAUAACAAUAAUAUUGAAGGAUCUGUUGGUUAUAGUAGUUAUGGAGAUAUGAGUGAUUAUGGUGGAUCAGGUGAAAACAACAAUUCCAAUGGAUAUGGUUAUGGCGAUGACGAAGAUGAUUCCAAAAAAGAAAAACAACAACGUCAGCAUAAAUUACACAACACACCAAAAGUCAAUGUUUUCGAUAUUUAUAACUCUGCCAUGAAAAAGAAGCAUGGUGGUAGUGGAUUUACAACAAGUGAAUCUACUGAUAGUUCUUCACCAAACUCUGGUGAUUGGAAUAAGAGAUUUCAAUCGAUUAUGGACCGACCAGAGUCAGGUUUGAAAUACCAAUUGCUCUCGGUGAUUGUCAAUGAUUUCGUGCAUUGUGCCAGUACCUUUGGAAAGAUCAUCAUUGCCGAGCGCUAUUUGAGUAACGACGAGAAAACAAUCAAACCGUUGGCGCUGGGUGGUGUUGCCGGUGGUGAGAAAUACCGAUGCAAUGACAUUGUCUUUAAGUUUGUGGUCGAUGUGGAGAUUGCCGAUGGCGUCUGGAUGUACGGUGGUGACAAGCGCUCCGAUGAGAAAGCACAGAAAUCGGCUGGACACGAAUUAAAGGGUUGGAAUCAUGUUUUCGAUGCUGGAAGCAGCUUGAUUCGGUUGCCUCUGAUGACAAUCAUCGAUUUCGCUGGCUAUAGACUAUUGGCGAUCUGCAGUCUGCCUAUAGGAAAGAAAACAAUUGUCUAUGGAUCGAACGACGGUGGUAUCACAGUGAAUAACCGUGAUAGUUUGGUGGAGAAAGAAAUGGUGAAAUUGGCUCGAAAGUUGAAUUUGAAAGGACAUCAAGUUGGAUUGAUGGAGGAUACGAAAACGUUAAUCUUUGGUCCUGGAGACAUUGAAGUUCACCGUGGAACCGAUGGUCGUUACUAUAUGAUUGACUUUGCGAGGAUAUUUCCACCAGAAUACUCUGGAAUCUACAAGGAAUCGAUUGGUCGUGAGAUUUUCUAUUACAUGUUGAGACCAGAGUUGGUGGAGUCCAAUUCAGUACCGUUGAGUUCCGAUGCUUUCACCGCUUGGCAACAUAGUAGCGAGAGUGAAGAAUCCAACCAAGAGGUAGUCGAUACCACUCAACGAUUACACGAUCUUCUCAUUCCAGAGUGUGUCGAGCAUAUCAAUGAUGAAGUGGCCGGACAGAACCAAAUGGAAAAUCAAUACUUUGAGACCGAGAAUCUGGUUAGAGACUUGAAGUAUUAUCAACAACAGCUCUCGUCAAUCGAAAAACUCUUGCAUAUCAUUCAUUUGAAAGGAAUUAACUUUAGAUAUAUUGGAACUGUUUGCCAGUCGAUUACACAUAUCAAUACUAAACGAUUGUUAUUCACAGAGGUGGUUGCAAGAGUAUGGAAAAAGAUCAUUAAAGAUAGACUGAGAGAUUUAGUAGAGAUAUCAAACAGACCAUCCGACAAAGCAAUCAUAAUAUUCACCGAGCUUUUCGAUCUCCUACUAAACAAGUCAAAAGAGGCCAAAGAAAAGUAUCGUGAUUUCUGGUCACUUGUCAGAUAUGGAUCAUUCAAGUACACAGCAAUGUCAGCAUUUCCAAAUUGUCUAUCAUCAAAUCAAAUGAAUAUAAAGUAUGACCUUAGAAAUUCUGUUGAUACAAAAAUCUUGGUUUUGAGAUUGAUAAAGAUUUUCGGAAUUAGAGUUCGAUCGGAUUCUUUCAAUCAUUUCAUUAAUAGUGCUUCGUAUGUGAUAUCCUCUCAUGAUAUAGAAUCCGUCGGUGCAGUUGUAAAGUAUCCGAUGAUCGUUGACUUUGCUUAUGGAUCAUGCUUGUUGUACAGAGCUCAAAGGGGUAUCGAAGAGAACAGCUUAGCACCUAUCGAUCUUCAGAGACUGAUGACCAUGUCCCAACAAAAGUUACAAUCAGCGCUCUCAUCAAUGCCAAACUCUUCGAAAGUAAUCUUGAAACAAGUAUCUACCUUUGUAUUACGUUCCGAUUUGACUACCAAUUGCAACGAAGCCAUCCAUCUACUUGACAAAGCCAAUAAUCUAUUAAAACAACAACAACAAAAUAGUGAGGAAACAACUUUUGAUGAAACGAAUCCAAUUACAACAACACCAACACCAACCUUUGGAGUUGAUUCAAAUACUUUGGCAUUGGGUGGAUUGAUAUUGUUGAAAUUGGCAACCUAUAAACUGUUUCUCCAGUAUGACUUUCCAAGUUUCACUGAGAAUUUAACUUUGGCAAUUGAGAAAUUCGAAAGUUCGUUGGAACAAGAUAGCGAUUAUGUAGAGAUGUAUCUAAGACAAUUGCUACCGUUUGACUCGGAUCACAAUGGUGAGUUGGGAGUAGUACCAAAUACACCAUCAAUUAUUGCAGAUUAUCGAAGAAAUGAAUUCUUGACACUCAUUUACAUGUUGUCGAUGUGCAUUGAGGAGUCAUCAAAGUUACGUCCAUUCACAGCCAACUUGAUAUCAGAGAUUCGAUUCAUCAGUGCCUUUGAAAUUCCAUUGUCUGUCGAGCAGUUGUUUGAUAACAGUGUAACCGUUCAUCUAUUCACUAACAUUGCCAAUGUCACACAUCUCUCUGUCACCAACUAUACUUUGCAACACGAUUGCUCUCACUCCAUUGCUCGCCUACAGCAUCUUACCAGCUUGAAGUUUACGAACAUCUCUUUCAGUCAAUCCGGUGACAUAGAUGAUCCAGCCAUCCAAACUUACAACCACUUCCUCAGAGAGUUACUUACCAAUGCACCAAUGUUGACGGAACUCACUCUGAGCAGUGGCGAUUUAGAUGAUACAUCAUUCGAAGGAAUACCGCAGCUUAUGGGUAAUAUCGAUUCACUUUCACUCAUUCAAUGUGCUUUGACCGAUAAGACAUUCAUUGAGAUUGGUGAGCAAAUCGGUAGCCAAUUAAAGAGGUUCGAAAUAUUCAGUAGAUAUGAUUCCAGCGGUGAGAAAGGAUUGGCCAGUUUAUUGGGUAAACUUAAUUCAGUAAGAGAGUUGGACAUACAUUAUAAACUGAGUAAAGAGACAUCCAAAGAGAUUUUGCCAUUUGCCUCUAAUCUUGAGAGAUUCAGUUGUAGUAGUGCAAUUAGCGCAGAGCAUCUUGCAGAGAUAGCCAAGCUGGCAGAGGAUAUUGUCGAAUUGGACUUGUCAUUCACAUCGGCCGAUGAUAGUGUCAUUCAUGCAUUGGCUAGUCAUGGUGCCAAACGUCUUAAACUACUUAAAUUUGGACAGACCAACAUUGGAAGAGAACAAGAUUCAACCAUCAUUCCUACUCUUACAACAAUGAACUUGGAUCUAACUGUACUACAUCUAAAUAGAUACAAUGGUGAAGCUUCUGCGUUGUGGGCAUUGCUAUCUAGUCUGCCAAACUUGGUAGAAUUGAGAAUGCCUGAAUAUCUGCUACUACCAAAGCUGUUGGCUGAAUACAAUUCCAAUGACUACGAACCUCUGGGAUCGGAGUUGUCAGAGCUAAGAGUACUCGAUUUAAUGUUGGUCAAUGUAUCUAGUGCAUCGCUGGUUGAACUCCUAUCGUUGUCGCCAAUGAUCGAAUCCAUUUCAUUCUCUGCUGCUUCUGUCAUCAAUGAUUGUGGCUAUGUUUUGGAGAUGGACGAUAAUUUCUUUGAAGCGAUCCUGCCAUACCUUGGAAAUGUUAAAUAUAUAAAUUUGGCAAAUACUUCAGUUCAAAAGAAUCAUAUCGACACUAUCUUGGCUCAAUGUAAAUCGAUUUCAAGCAUCGAUAUCUACAAUUGUAAAACUAUAUCUGCUCAGAUAAUCUAUAAUCUCGGUGUAGAAUAUCCAUAUGUAAAGUUUAAAUAA